AUGCAGAAAGAAAUCUCCCAAUUAUCGUGUUUUUAUAGUCACCCCUAUGCUACUAUAGUUAUAGUGCUUGCUAGCAUUGUUUAUGCUACUUUGGUUGUAGGUAGUUCGAGCCAAACAUCCACAUCAGCAACAUGCUGCGAUCCAAGUCGUUCUUCUUCAACGACAACUGUAGAAACCGCUUCUGUAACACCAACGCCUGUCUGUCCACUACCAGCUGCUUACGAUUCUCGUAUAUUAUCAACCUAUCCGAGAUUAGCUACGGGUCUUACAGCCACUCCAACUUUCUACAACGGUGCGCAUUAUGCAUCAGAACAAGCAGGAUAUGCCAAUCUAUCAGCAGCGGUGGAAACACCCUUCUACUCCACCUUGAAUGCGCCGGAUCCUUGGAGGGGGAUAACACAAACGAGCCCUUACUAUUACGAUUCGACGUUGGCUGCUUACGGUUAUGGAGGGUUGGAUUUGAACGGCUCCAGGAGGAAAAAUGUAACCAGAGAUUCGACUAGUACACUGAAAGCAUGGUUAAACGAACACAGGAAGAAUCCCUACCCUACCAAAGGGGAGAAGAUCAUGCUGGCUAUCAUCACAAAAAUGACACUGACUCAAGUCUCCACCUGGUUUGCCAAUGCCAGGAGGAGAUUGAAAAAAGAAAACAAGAUGACUUGGGAACCGAGAAAUAAGGCUGAGGAUGAUGCUGAUGGUGCAGCUGAUAGGGAUACUGACGAUGAUCAGUUGGAAGGUGAUUCUCCACGCAUUAACAGCACUGAAGAUGGCAUCAGAAGAAAUCGAGACUGCUCCGAAAGUGCAGCUGACACCCUCCAGAUGGAUAUUCUAAAUGAUGGAGAUGCCGGAAGAUUGGAUCACAUGACUGACGAUCACACUUAUCCAUCUUCUGUAGAACCCGCAUGUGGAGUUUCAUUGUCAUGCCCGGAGUUAAAGGACGAACACGAUUCGGGUUACAGUGGAGAAACUCGAACCCAGACCCUACCCGGACUUCAAUCGUUAAUGGAAUCAUCGGUCAAGACAGAGGAACAGAUGACUAGCAAGCCCAAAAUUUGGUCGUUGGCGGAUACGGCGACUAGCAAAAGUCCGCCACCCACCUCGGCUCACGUUGGAGCCUCAAGUUAUUGCGGUGACUCCAUAAGUGAUUCCACUCUGACGGGUGGUCAUUGUGGUUGGUUUUCGGCACCCACCUACUCGACAGGUACACCCACAACAGGUGGACAUUAUCAAACAGGUGGUGGCAGCUUCGUACACGGAUUCAGCCCCAUUCCACCUCAGACCGAUACUCCACCUCAGACACCACCAAGCAUGAAACUGCACCACGGUUCCGGAUAUUUAACAAGUCAGCAGGGUUCCCAUCUGUACACCUCAUCGGGGAUCUGUGCCGGAAAUCAUAUUGUUUCGGGACAAGUUGAUAAAAGCUUUUAUCAUAUGAACCACGUGACGGGGUUAGGACGGACGACAUCAUACAGAUCCGAGUGUUUGCUGGACGAUUACAGCUCCCACGCGCAUUAUCGGACUGCUCCAAUUCAAUAGACUAAAAAUAAAUACACAUAAUUAUAUAAAUAUUAUACAUUUUACCAUAUAAAUCACGAAAAUAUUGAAUUUACAACGCACGAAAGAUUACCAUGCACAACCGUCCAUCAGAAGAUGCUAUGAUGAAGAUAGGAGGACGGUCCAAUUUCACGUUUCCUUUAAAGCAUCGUAGAAGGAAAAAAAUAUUUAAAUCAUUCAAGCAUUUAAAGAAAAUAUCUAUUAUUAAUAAUAUUUUAUACAAUUGAUCAGGAUCAAAAUUGAAAAGUAAAAUAUAAAGGAAACAAAAUUAAAAAAAAAAUAAAAAAAAUGCCAAAAGUUGUGGGAUGUCUGGAAUGCUGGAAAGAAGACGGAUUUACGCCUCACUCGUACGGACAGUAAUCUGAAGACUGACUGCAAUUCCUACCCACUGAGAGUGAUUUAAAGACAGAAAUGAUUGGAAGGAGUAUUCACGUGAUCACUUUGAAUUAUUUAAGAGAAGUCUCAGUCACUCCUUGACCUUUCAACUUUAAAGAGAAACGACAAAAAAAAACAUAAUAAAAAUAUUAAAAAAUAAGAAAAAAUUACGUAUUAAUUUGCGAAUUUAUAUAUUAAUUUAACCUCUUUUUUUCAAUCUCGUUUAAUAUUUUAAUAAUUCUAACUUUUAAACGAUGUAUAACGCGCAGUUAUGACCGCAACUUUACCAAAGAGAUUAACGAUUUGGAAACGAAUUUUCAGUCUUUUGCGGCGUUAAAUCUAUUUGGAUUUUGUAUAAGACACGAGUAGGACCUUCUAAAAUUUAUAUAAAAUCAUAAAAUGUGUGAAGCGAGGGUGGGAAAAC